AUGUCUGCAAGUACCGUUCUCCUCAGCUCAGGCCAACUUAUCAAACAGGGCGCAGAGGCGGCAAUUUACCUCGCCCCUUCACUCUUGCCAGAACCAACUAUCUACUGGCCCCCCUCAUCUUCAUCAAAGUCAGAAUCACCCAAAGAACUCCAGGAAGGUGUCAUCUUGAAACACCGAUUCGCCAAGACAUACCGUCACCCUACCCUCAAUGCCUCCCUCACUUCCACUCGCCUCACAUUUGAAGCCCGAGCUCUGAAUCGUGCCGCCAAAGCCGGCGUCGUUGUACCGAAAGUGCUCUGGGUGGACGAUAAGGGUGGUGUGAUUGGUAUGGAAAAGGUGGAGGGGUGGAGCGUGAGAGAAGUGUUGGGAGGUGGUGCCGAGGGAGAGGUUGAAGUGGUGGAAGACGAGCCGGAAGAGGAGGUUGAGGGUGGACCUGGGCAGGCGAAAGAAGGCGAAGAGCUUGACGACGAGGAAGAGCAAAACGAGGGAAUGGUGGCGCUUGGAAAGCUUGGAGUCAGCCAAGAACACCUCAUGAGAUCAAUAGGGACAGCCCUCGCCCGCUUACACAAGACCACCAUCAUUCAUGGCGAUCUGACGACAUCAAAUAUGAUGGUCCGACUGACGCCCAACAGCACAGGGCCAUACGAGAUUGUGAUAAUCGACUUUGGACUCUCUUCCACUGCCCAGUUCGCAGAGAGUUAUGCGGUGGAUCUGUAUGUCCUAGAAAGGGCUUUUGCUAGUACACAUCCCAAGUCUGGAAAGCUUCAUGCCAAGGUCUUGGAAGCAUACGAGGAGGAGCUGGGAGAGAAAAAGUGGAAGCCCAUCGGUCUCAAGUUGAAAGACGUGAGAUUACGAGGCAGGAAGAGAGACAUGACGGGUUAA